AUGUUCGGAAGUCGUCGCCAGCUGAGUGCAACCUCGGUGUCUGCGUGCUUGUUGCGUCACGCUUGCAGCUAUGCCACAUUUCUGGGAUUCAUCUGGUUUGACAUUAAGGGCAAUCAUAACGAUGGCUCCCUGGUGGCACAGAAUCGCUACUGGUACAAGUGCUUCUGUCAGUUAUCUCGUAUAUUGUUGGCUAGCUAUUAUGGCUAUAUGGGCAUAGGAUUUAUCAAUGAGUUGGGCAAUUCGCAUUUGAUAAUUCAAUCGUGGAUUCGUCUCGUCUCUUGUCUCAUCUGCUCCUUUGUUAUUUUUGUGAUCCAGUUUUGGUAUGGAAAACGUGUACUGCGUGUGGUCAACAGUUUUCUACGACUAUUCCGAAGAGUGAAGGCUUUACCAGGUUGUUCAGUCAUGCAAUUUGGUGGUAGACGGGAGCUUGGACUUCUCAUCUUUAAAAUGUUCUGCUUGAUAUACGAGUUCAAUUGCGAGAUACCGGUAUUAUUUUCUAAAUUUGAUAUCGCUUACAACGCAUACAUCCUUUGUGAUAUGUACAUAACCAUUAAUGGAUUCAUGAUCUGUCACGCUUGCUUCGUUGGAUACCUGAGCGUGGGAGCUCUCUAUGCCCAGGUUAAUCGAUAUGUGCGACACGAGUUACGCCGCCAGCUGCGUGGCCUGGAGCAACCCAAUGGAGCUCAAGCUAGUCGACGGGAGCUGAAAGCCGCCGGCUACCGUCUGAACGAGUGUCUGGCCAUCUACGAUGAGAUCCAGCGAGUCAGCAGCGCCUUUCAGCAACUCAUCGAGCUACCCCUUUCCCUUAUUCUACUGUUCAUCUUUCUGAACAUGACUAUGGUCUCCUACUUUGUCAUGCUCAAUGGAUUUCGUGAUCUGAGCAUGUGGCUACUUGCGAUUAAAUUGUUCAUGGACGUCGUCCUACUCACAUUGGCCAUCCAUGGAGCGGGCAGCAGCUCGAGAGUCAUCCGAAGACUUAGUCUGGAGAAUUGUUAUGUUACCGAACGCAACGAUUGGCACAUGAGGCUGGAAAUCUUUUUGAAUCGCUUGAAUUUCUACGAGUUUCGAGUUAAUCCUUUGGGACUUUUCGAAAUAUCCAAUGAGCUGAUAUUGGUAUUUCUCUCAGGCCUGGUCACAUAUCUUACCUACAUACUACAAUACGGCAUACAGUCGAACCAAAUUUGAAGAUGAUAUUACGAGAGAAAUUAUUACU